UUAGAUUAGCAUUUUGCAAGUAGAGGAGAGAAGACUAGUCUUUCUCUUUUCUUCUUCUUCUUCUUCCCUCCGCCAGCUGUUUGUUUCACUCUCAUCUGCGAUUCAGCCUCUCUCUGACCUUAUUUCUCUUGUUUUUUUCCUUCUGUUGUUCAAAUUUAAUUUCCCCCCUCCCUUCCAUCCCCAUUCCCUGAAUCAGUUCUCAAGAUCUGCAUCAACUAUUUUCUACAUUCAUGUCUCCCACUCAGCUGAUCUUCUCUACUUGAUCUGCCGAAUUCAACUCACUCCGCUUUCGCUUCCGCAAUCUGUGAUUGCGUUUUUUGAAGUUUUGAGUUGUUGAAAACACGAUGAUACCUGACAUGGAUGUGCGCGCCGACGUCUCUGAGGUUAACGAGAAGUGUGCCUUGGAUAUGAGUACCUACGAGAAUUUGCCUAAAGCUUGCAAUGCUGCAUCCCUUGACUGUGCUACUGCCAUUGCAAAGGAUGACACCGAUUGUUCUUACGUUUUCGUUAGCUCCACUGAUGCUACUACUACCGAUGAUCACGAUACUUCGGAUCUCAAUGGGCAAGCAAAAUACUCUCACUCUCAGAAGGCCGAUACGGAGAUUAAGGUUCAGAAUACGGAGAUUAUAAGCAAAAUACUCUCACUCUCAGAAGACGGAAGAAAGCCCGAACAAAUUCUUGUUGACGCCCAUGUUUCUGAUGCAUUGGAAGAUUCCCAAUUCAAAAUUUCUGAGAAAGUGAAAGAGAGUGACGCGAUUCAGGAUGAGAUCAGAGUGGAGAAUGUCCUUCAAUCUUCUGACACCAAGGUGGAUGAAGCGGAAUCUGGAGUGGAUUCUUCUCAAAAGAUGGAAGAAACACCAACUCUGGAGGAUCGGGCUAUCAACGAAUCUUUUGAUACAGAGACAAAUUCUGGUCAGAUCCAUGGGCUAGAGUCUCCUAAAGAAGUCGAAGACAGUCGAAUUGAAGAGGAAAAUCAAAUAAUUUCUACCUAUGAAUCUUCUAACACCGAUGCAAGUCUUAGUGGAGAAAUCGUGGUGGAGUCUUCUCAAAUGGCGGAAGAUAUUCAAACUCACGAGGAUAACGGAACAGCGGCAAUCAUGAAGUCUUCUGCUACCGAGGUAAAUCAUGGGAUUAAAAUUGAGGAGUCUUCUCAAAAGGCAGAUGACACUCUAAGUUACAAGGAAAAUGGAACAGUUGCAAUCAAGUUUUCUGAUACUAUGGCAAACCCUGGGGAAGAAAUUGAGGUGGAGUCUUCUCAAAAGGCUGAUGACAUUCAGAAUAAUGAAGAAAAUAGCCUAGUGAAAGCCCCCCAGUUGUCUGUUACUGAGGCAAAUCCUACGGGAGAAAUGGAGGUAGCGUCUUCUCAAAAGGCAGCCGACAUUGAGAAUCAUGAGGAAAAUGGUAUAGUGAAAGCCCCCAAGUUGUCCGACACUGAGGGAAAUCCUAGGGGAGAAAUUGAGGCAGAGUAUUCUAAAAGGACAGACGACUUUAAGAAUCAAGAGGAAAAUGGCAUGGUGGAAGCCCCCAAGUUAUCUUAUACCGAGAUCAAUCCUAGGGGAGAAAUUGAGGAAGAUAUUGAGCUUAAGCGGCAACACGAAAUAGUGAACGCCAUUAAAUCUUCAGAUACUAUGGCCAAACACGGGCAAGAAAGUGAAGUAAUUCCCAAGGAUAAUGAGACAGUGCCUAUUAGUGAAUUUUCUGAUACCAUAAACAGCCGUGGUGAAGAAACUGAGAUGAAAUCUUUUGAGAGAGAGGAAGGCACUCAAGAAUCAGAAGAUGCAAAUUUGGAGGCUGCCGACUGCAAUUGUGUUGAUGACAAAGAGAAGGUUGAUGGGAUGGAAAAUAAAUCCGCAAUAAGCUACCCUGUUGAAGGAAUAGGAGAAUCUCAGGUUACUAGUAUGGGUUCUGCUAAAUCCAAGCUAGAUCAGCCUGAUGAGUCAGUGGCGGACAUUAAGGGGGAAUGCAAAUUAGGGCCUGAAUUAAUUGAAGAAAACUCUGAGAGAACUCAAAUUACAAUUAGUCAGGAUGGUGAACAUUACCAGGUUGUUGGUGAGGAACUAGAAAGUUCAAACAUUGAGGUUUCUCUUUUAGAACCAUCAGAAGAAAAUAAGGUGGACAUGGAGCAGCAUUUAGCUGCAGCUCCUUGUCAGCUGGUCAAUUUGGAGUUAGAAGUAGAAGACGCAGAUGCAAAUGGUGAUCAAGAUGACCAUUUGAAGACUGCUGAUGGCAAAGACACUGUAACGAACAAGACCAGCUUCCAUGACAACACUAAAACCUCAUCUACCUCUGUUGAUUGUGAGAUUGCUAUUGUUGAAACUCAUAAAUUAUCUCCUACCAUGCUUAUUAGCGAUCCAAAAGUAGAGGUAAAUGAGAUUACUGUGAACGGACAAGAGGUGAAUCAUGUACUGGAGCUAGAAGAGAAUUCAGAAACUGCUUCCCAUCCUAAAGUGGAUGAAUGUGUCAAGGUUAAAGUUUUGGAAGGCACAGCCUCUGAGAAGGGAGACCACAUGCCCACUGCACUCAAUGAAUCUAGAGUUUCUGAUGGUGAUGACUCUGUUGCUAGCAGUCAACUAAUCCCCGAAGGAAAUGAACCAGUGGAAAGCAUUAAAAAAACAGUAUCUGCUGUUGGGAUAGGGAGUGCUUCAGCUGAAAUAAGGGAAAGGUCCUCUAUACAUUGUCUUAAUGAUCCAGUGCUGCAACCUGAUCUUGAAGUUGAGGACUAUACAAUUUCCGAAAAUGUGGCUUCUGCUGCUAAUGAUGUCCAACCAGAUAAGGAAGUCAGUGGAAAUCAUGAAAUUGGUCUUAUUGGUAACUCAGAAACCAAGUGUGAGAACUGUCACAUUGAAAAAGAUAAUCAAUCAACUUUCCCUAGUAAUGAUAUGGGAUCAGAAUCUAACGUUUAUACUUCAAUUGGAUGUGAACAGAUAGGUUCUACUGUUUCGGAAGUUCCUAAUUGUGUCAAUAAAUCUUCUGUGAUUCAACAAAAUUCUGCUGAUGAUACAGACUCAGAAUUGCAUGAUAAUGAAAGUAGCUCAGUUCUAUGUCCAACUGCUGAUGAAAAAUCAGGAGAUGACAUUGAGAUUACAUCUUCCAUAGGAGAUGCUAGCAGAGAUCUGCCUGGCGAUGAUUACACUGUGUCUAAAAUUGAGGUUCCCAAGGGUUCUCCUCUAAAUGACGAAGGGAAUCUGAACCUAAUAUCUGACAAUGUCGUUGAAACUGACAAUAAACCGACAAAAGAAGAAUCUGAGGUCAUUCAUGAGGGUUGCCAGAAUGAACCUUCAUCUAUUUCUCCAGAAGGUUCUGCUGAUGCUUCAGAGGGGCAAAAUGUAGGUGCUGAGGCAGCUACAAAGCCGUUUUACUUCUUGAUUAGGGUGCCUAGAUACGAUGAUGAUAGUAUAAGAGAGCAAAUUAAGUGUGCUCAGACAGAAGUCGAUCGGAAGACCAAGGAUCGAGAUGCCAUUCGGGUUCAAAUCCAGACAAUGAGGGCUACAUGGAAAGUGUUGAGUGAUAAUCUUGAAGCAGCUGUAUCGGAAGGAAGAGCUGCACGAGACUUGCUGAAGUCAAUACGCAACAUUGAACACAUGAUAGAGCAUGAAACGCUGCCACUGAAAGAGGAAAAGCAAUCGAUUCGUGAAAUCAAGCAAUUGAAGCAGCUGCGGGAUCAGCUUUCAUCAACUAUGGGCAAGCAGGAUGAGCUUCAACAGGCAUUGGAUCAGAAAGACCAAAUUGAAGAACGUCUAAAGCUAUUAAGAAAGGAGAUGGAUUUACUGAGAGACAAUGUUCUGAAAGCGGAAUCAGUUAUAAAGGCUGCCAAGAAGAAAUAUAAUGACGAGAAUGUAAAGAUGGAUGAAUUGCAAUCCCAGUUCAAAGCAGCAGAUAAGAUUCGCCAGGAAGCAUAUGCUAAUCUACAGAGUUUGAGGAAGCAAUUAUAUGAGAAGAACAAAUACUUUUGGAAGUAUCGGGAUGACGUGAAGGAAGCCAAUGAGUUAGCAUUAAGUGGAGAUAGAGAGAGACUGCAACAUCUUUGUGUUAAACAGGCGGAGAGCAUGGUGGAGCUGUGGAACAAAAAUGCUGAGUUUAGAGAAGACUAUAUUAGGUGCAACACGAGGAGUACUCUGAGGCGACUGAGGACGUUGGAUGGGCGCUCCCUUGGCCCCAACGAAGAGCCACCUGUAUGGACAAAUAUUGCAAAGGCGAAACCAGUAAGGGACAAUUCUCUCUCAACGGUUUCAACAGCCCGGGAACCAGAAAAACUGAUACCCGCCAAUAGUGAGAAAUAUAAUGACAAACCAGUGACUAAAACUGUCGAAACGAAGAAUCAAACGACAAAAAACAAGAAGCCGAACAUAGAAGUGGCUUUAGCGAAUAGCCAUAUAAAUAUUUCUAUCGAUAAUGAGGUAGAAGAGGCCCCACGACCUGAGGAGAUUAAGCGAACAAGAGAGGAAGAGGAGCUAGCGGCGAAAGCAGAAGAGUUAAGAAAGGAAGAGGAAGCAGCCAAGUUGAAGGAGCAACGUAAGUUGGAAGAGAAGACGAAAGCCAAAGAAGCCUUGGAGAGGAAAAAAAGAAAUGCUGAGAAAGCCCAAGCUAGGGCGGUAAUUAAAGCACGAAAAGAAGCCGAAGAGAGAGAGAAGCAAAAGGAGAAGAGAGCAAAAAAGAAGGAAAGGAAGAUGGCAGUUGCGACUGAAGGUGGAGGUGGUAUUGGUUGCGACGACAAGGGAUGUGGCGAGACCCCGUCGGAAGCUGUGAAGGAGUCUGAAAAUACAGGUAAACAGGAGACGGCGGCACCUACACCUAAGAGAUCUCAGAAACCAUUGCAGUACACAAAGCAAAGCAAGACAAGUCCCAUUCCUCCGCCUCUUCGAAAUCGAGGUAAGAGGAGAAUGCAUGCAUGGAUGUGGGUUGUUCUAACAGCCCUGGUUGUUUUCGUCCUAUUUUUGGUCGGGCAACAACGGCUUCUGUACUAGAUGAUCUUCAACUGAAAGGGGUUUGGUUUCUAAAUUUAGAGUGGAAUUAAAUUUAUAGGAUGACGACACAUACACACAAUUAGUUGGUCGAGGAAUAGACAUUUGGUUAGGGACAUUCCCACAGAAUAUAUAUAGUAAUAGAUAUGGUAGGCUAAUUCUUUGGUUUCAGGAUUUUUUUUCUUCCCCGUACUGUUAUAAUUAUUUAUUAUGACGAUGCAGCACAUGAUAUUUGUUGAUUCA